AUGGAAGCCGGAAACACAUCACAUAUCGAGAACUUGUCCAAUUCAGAGCUCAUCCAGGGAGACAGGAACAAUGCCUUUGCGGAAUUACUUAUCAGUCUUUCCUCGGACUCAGAUGACUGUACCUACAAAAUCAACGAUGAUGGCAGAGAGAUAUUCCUCGACCUCGCCUUAAUUCACUGGGCUGCAGGGUUUAGUAAACCUUCAAUCAUCAAUCUUCUUUUGGAAUAUGGCGUUAAAGUGGACGAAAAGAUUCCUAUUAUCGGCGGAACCGCACUACAUCUGGCAUCUCGAUUUGGUUCUAAAAACAACAUAGAUAUACUCCUUUCUCAAAAGCUGGAUAUAAAUCAAAAAUACCAUGUUGGAGCAACUCCAUUACAUUUGGCAUCCAGAUAUGGCAAAGAAGAGAAUGUGGAGUAUCUUCUGGACGAAGGCGCCGACUAUAGCCAGUUUAACAAUUAUAACAAUAUGGCAAUUCAUCAUGCUGCUAUGUUUGGCGAGCUUGAAACUCUGAAAAUUCUCUACAGACGAGGCUCACAUAGAUAUAUCAAUGAGCCAAACUGUUAUCUCAAUGCACCACUGCAUCUAGCAAGUAUGUUUGGCAAUACCAAUGUUGCAGAAUGGCUUUUGGAAAAGGGAGCAGCAAUUUAUCAGCCAGGAACAGGAGGAGACACUCCAUUGCACAUGGCCACUUCCAGGGGUCAUGUCGAAAUUGUCAGGCAACUUUUGAACAAUGGGGCGGAUAUUCACAAAAAAAAUGACAAUUCAUACUCCGCAAUUCUAAUUGCGUCUGAAAACGCUAACAUAGAAAUCUUCAGGAUGCUAAGAGGAUCAGGUGCAUUUCUCUUAGAUGUAGGCGCGCGAGAUCAUGGUACUUGCUACCACAGAGUCAUAAUGUGUUUCCGGAAAUUCUCAAGCGACCACGAUGAAAUCAUAAAAUUUUUGGUAGGCGACGGUGUAGAUAUUAACCAGGCUAAUGCUAAUGGCCAUUCACCCUUAUUUCUUGCAUGUAUCAAUCAAAAGCUCGAACAUGCCCAGUGUCUCCUGAAGUAUGGUGCCGACGUCUACCAGAUGGGGUCUCGAAAAAAUGGGACUCCUCUGAUAGAGGCUUGCUGUAUUCCUGCCAGUCGCAUAGUUGAAUUGCUCUUACAGCAUAAUGCCGAUACAGCAAUAAAAAACAGUCAUGGGAUGACUGCCUUGGCAUGCGCAGUCUACUUCAAUCAUCUUGAACACGUCAAGCUUCUUAUAAAAAUUGGCGCCAACGUCAUAUGUAGUGAUCGUCGAGGAAUUACACCUCUUCACACUGCCGUUUUGCAAAAAAAGAGUAUUGCUAUUGCGCUCGAAAUUUUGGCUGCGGAACCAUACUACCCCAAAAGUCCAUCCGCGAAAUACCCUCACAUGGGAAGCACUUCUGAGAUUCUUGAAAUCGAGACCGUAUUACUUCAAGGCUUUGAAAGCUCUGAGUAUGAGACACUAGAGCAGCUUCAUAUCAUCAUGUAUUGGGCAGUCUCUAAUGGUGCCAAAGAUUUGGCUAACCGAUGCAUUGAUCAUGAUCGACGAGUACUGCGCUGGACUAGAGAAGGGGCUACAUGGCUGCACAUAACCUCUAAGAGUGGUAUGGUUGAAAUUGCACAACUCCUUUUAGGAAGAAUGACAAUGCAAUCAGACGCACGGGAUCAACCAUUAGGGUUGGCAGCAGUUGCUUUGAUCAUACAGCAAAACAGUCGAGGAGACUCGCCUUUGGCUAUUGCAAUUGAAAAAGGGCAUGAUCAACUAGAGGACUUCUUUUGGUCGCAAAUCAAACAGCUUCAAAUCACCGAAGAAAAUUUGAUAGACUCUCAUCCAGAUAUUGCAGCUCAAAUUCUCGAGUUUCUAGCUCGACAUGAAGAGCCCGGGAAUGAAGAGAUACUCAAAGGUUUCUUGAGAUCUGGUGGUAAGAGAGACGUCAAAGACUCGGAAGGUUUCACAGCUCUCCAGUGGGCAGUUUGUCGAUCCCAGGAAGUCAUUGUAUGGUGGUUGUUGUCGAAGGGCGGUUACUCGUCUGACAAGAUCAACAGCGCCUUGAAGCUUAUUAUUGAAAACUCAGACAAAAAAUCUGAAACCAUAAAGGGAUUACUGCGUACUCCUCCAACAACUCUCGAUCAUGUCUCAAAUCCAAACAAGAAGCAUAAGCGCAAGUUUCCAAAGUCCGCAAAUAGCAAUAAUUUCACGAAUCAAAUGGGGAGCAUUGUUGAUAUUCUUUCUGGUCCAGAACCAAAACGUAUUAAACAUGCCACCCCAAGUGUCAAGGAGCUGAUUUACGAUAUUGGCCCUGAGGAUAUAAUGAGAAAAGCCGGGGAUUUGAGUGAGCGCUAUUUAGCGUUACUGAAGGAAACCCAAAAGAAAGACUGCGGGGCUUCCUCAAACAGGAUUGGUGUUCAGACAAAAUACUCUCCGAGUCUGGAUUCAACUUCACCCCAACAUGAAAAAAUUGGUGAUGAGACACCUUCGAGCGGCAACUUGCGUGAGCUUGACCUUCGCUGGAUUCAUCUUCCUGUUAACGAGGACCUUGUAAGUCGACUAUCAAGUGAUUCGGGUCGAUCCGAAAGAGAACACAUGGCUAUUAUGAAACACUUCAACAAAAGCUGGACAGAGCUGGCGGCAGGCGCAGAACGUUAUUAUAUGAAACCCCAAUUUCUGCGCAAGCAGGAAGAUACCCACUACGACCCAGUCAAUGGUAAUAAUGGCGACCAGGCACCAAGAGAGUCCACCGCCGGCGCUUGCGCGGCACUUUAUAUGCCAUACCUCGACAUAGGGACCUUUGAUCGCAAAAUAGAUAAGUCUUCAAACACCAAAUCUUCCACUUUACUUGACGAGUCUAUCAACGAGCGUAACUCGAGAGAAAUCAAGCAUGAGCCUAUAACUCUCGAUCAAUAUUACUAUCCAACUAUAGACGAUACUUCAACGAGAGAUAAUGAUCAAGUGCUGCAGAAAAAUACUCAUGGUGAACCAGCUUUGGAUUUGGAUUAUCGACAAAAGUACUGUUACAGAUUCCGAAUUCCAAGUCUAAAUAAACGUAAAUUUGGUGAAACUCCGGAACAAAUCAGCAAAGUAGAUCGAGAUCCUCCAGAGAUUCUCCUCCAGAAUGCAUUGGAUAACAUACUUCACGGCGACACAAAAAGUCAAUUUGAACGCGCAAAAACAGUCGAUUCCCUGAUGGAGCUUCUUCUUGGUGUUGCAUCUGGGCUUUUCAUGAAACGAUUUGUACCUGUUUCUGGCCAAAUCUACAAGGAGCCGAUUGAGAUAUUUCGAGAGUCGAUUAGAGACGUGGCGGAGAAAGAAUCUUCACUUUUCCAAGAGUUUCUUCGAGGUCUCCAGGAAGCAAAACCUCGGGAACAAAAGUCUCUGGAACCAGAGCAAAAGAAAGAACAGCCUUCGAGUGAAGAUUCUGACUCCAAGCCACCGGAUAGACCAAUGCCUUUAAAUCGCUACCAUGUUAUUUCAUCCGAAACCGAGCUUCUCAACAUGAUACGAGAUAUCCGUGACGAGCUUCAUAUGCUCAGAUCUCUGGCAGAGGAUCAAGAAGUUGUUUGGAAGCAGGCCUUUGCUUCCAGUAACCUGAUGCACUUCAAAGCUUACAGUCCCACCAAUGUCAAGAAAGAUUUGGACGCUAUGCUUUCUGAAGCAGAUAAAACGGAGGGUUAUAUCAACACUCUGCUCGACCUGCGACAAGCGGAAUUCGGCAGAUUACAAGCAUACGAUUCAGCUAGACAGUCCAACAGUAUCUUUGUAUUUACUAUCAUGACCAUCGUAUUUCUUCCUCUCUCAUUCCUGACGUCUCUCUUCGCGCUGAACGUAUCCGAUUUUCCCCAUGAAGGGGACAACGUACAAUAUAAGGGGUGGUGGAUAUUUCCCAUUAUCUUUGGUGUCACCGCACUUAUCUCUAUUCCAGCUAUCAUUUUCGCAUGGAAAGUCAACGCCUUUUCUAGCUUUCGACCACGAAACAAUAUUUCCAGUGAAAGUUCAAAGCAUACUGAUGUUAUAAAAAGAGUUCGUAAUAUUGCGAGAAGGAGAGGUAGGAAAUCGUAUGAUGCUGAGGCCUAA